UCUGGGCUGAUUGUGCACAUCAGCUGCUCAUAAUCCACGAAAAAUCCAUCAGUUUAUGUGGCUAUAAGUAACUGCUUUUAGCAGUUGGGUCUAUUGGGUCUAUUGAUCGCUGAGCUCGGGAUGAGAGGUACAACCGCGGAGAUACAGUACUGACGGUUCAGACAUCACACUUGUUGCAGUUGACCGUAUUCUUCACGGCUAUUUUCGCAGUCUACAUUUGCUUAAUCGAAAGAGGUUACGUUGGAUAAUUGUAGGGGAGUCUACUGGGGAAGAAGGUCCUGUCAAUUCGCGGAGGGGAUGAGAUGACCCAUUCACUCGGUUCAAAUCUGCUGAGGUCUGCUGCGCUACUCCUGGUGUUGAAAUGUAUAGUUCUGGCUGCAGAGGUCUGUGUGUGUAAAGGGAAGGCCGGAUGUCACUGUGAUGGUGUGAAAGGCGACAAGGGUGAGAGAGGAUUCCCAGGACCAGACGGAGCACCUGGGUUCACUGGUUUUCCUGGCCCAGAGGGCCGUACAGGACUUGAUGGCCCAAAGGGGAAUGUGGGCUAUCCUGGAGUCCAGGGACCCAAGGGAAAACGGGGUGUUACUGGGGAACCAGGAAACUUUGGAGCUCCAGGAGAGCCGGGCAUACCAGGGAAUGCUGGAGAAAUAGGACCUCCAGGUGCCCCAGGAUGCAAUGGGACAGCGGGGGAGAGGGGAUAUCCUGGUCGCCCUGGUUUUCCUGGACCUGAUGGAUCAUUAGGUGUCCAGGGUCUACCUGGUAGUAAGGGGGACCCUUCACCUGCCUAUAUUGGAGGGAAAGGACAACCAGGGGCACAGGGAAGACCAGGAAAUACUGGUCCGCUUGGAUAUCCAGGAGAAAUGGGCCUCCCUGGGCUUCCUGGUCCAGUUGGUACACCGGGCCAAAUGGGUUUCCCUGGUACACCAGGGGAAAAGGGCAAAGAGGGGAGGAGCUCAGGCAUUCCAGGUCCCAGAGGUGUUAAGGGUGAGCAAGGUCCCUCUGGGCCUCCCGGGAUUAAAGGAAUAAAACUAUACGCAACUGCACCCCGGGAACUUAAGGGGGACCGUGGAGAUGAAGGUGAGAAGGGCUGUCAAGGAUCACCUGGCCUACCUGGACAAGUCAGACAGAAAGGAGUCAAAGGUGACAAUGGGGAGCCGGGUGCUGAGGGGAAGGUUGGGAAGGAGGGCAGCUAUGGAGGUCAUGGAUUAAUGGGUAGCAAAGGUAAUGUUGGCUACCCAGGUGACCCAGGGGUCCCAGGUCCACAGGGACAGAGGGGUGAAAGGGGUCCCCCUGGCCCUCCAGGAGAGGUGAUAUUUCCGGGGGAGUUUACCAAAGGACAGCCUGGAUUACCUGGCCCACAAGGACCCCCAGGCCCACCUGGAUUUCGAGGUGUGGAUGGCUUCCCUGGAAAUCCAGGAGCUCCAGGCGGCGAGUCUUCCCCUGGUCCGCCAGGACCAUCUGGUCCACCGGGCCCCUCUGGCUUUAAAGGAGAUAAGGGAGACUCUCUCUACAUUCCCGGACCCCCUGGACAAGAUGGCCCUCCGGGACCACCUGGGCCCCCAGGCGACCCAGGCCCCCCAGGCAUCCCAGACCCCUUUGGUCCACUUGAUGGUCAGGGGCUCCCAGGGCGAAAGGGACAGAAGGGAAUUAGGGGGCCCCCAGGACCUAGAGGUAACCCGGGACAGACAGGGGACAAGGGUGACACCUGCAGAGACUGUCCUGAACCUCAGCGUCCUGGUCCUCCUGGUCCACCUGGUCCACAAGGAGAAUCUGGCUUGGAUGGAUUUCCUGGUUCCAAAGGAAGCGUUGGCAUCCAAGGGCAAAGGGGGCUGCCAGGUCCUCAGGGCCCUCCUGGCAGACUAGGUCCCCCAGGCAGCCAGGGGGAAAAAGGGGAUGGAGGCUACAGCUUUGAAAUUGGAGAGAAGGGUGAGCAAGGAUCACCUGGUCCCCUAGGCAGUCAGGGGCCAAGUGGAGCUCCUGGGCCCCGUGGAUACCCAGGGCCAAAAGGACAGCGGGGUCCCAGGGGUGACUCGCCCUUCAGCGUGAAGGGGGAGGUGGGAUUUCCGGGACUUCCUGGGCCUCAAGGACCCCCGGGGCAAGUCGGAGCGAAAGGUUCCCCAGGUACUGGGCCACAAGGCGCACCAGGACCGAAGGGCAGCCAAGGGUUACCAGGCUUUCCAGGCACUUAUGGACAACCAGGAGAGAAAGGGGAUUCAUUCCCUGUUCCUGAUAUCCCAGGAGACCCAGGUCCCCGAGGAUCCAGGGGUCCCAAAGGGACAACUGGCCCACCAGGCAGGUUUGGACCCGACGGUUUACCAGGCUUCCCAGGCGGUCCUGGCAUGAAAGGAGAGAGGGGCCAGGGUGCUUACCCAGGGCCACCUGGUUACCGAGGGGACAAAGGUGACAGCGGCCAGCCAGGACUCCCAGGUCUCCCUGGGGUGGGACGUCCAGGAUUACCAGGUCUUCCAGGAGCCCCAGGGUUUCCAGGGCCAAAGGGUCAAUUUGGAUUUGGGCCUCAAGGACCGCCUGGUGCACCAGGACCAAUAGGGGAGGAUGGAGGUCUUGGCAUCCCAGGGGACUCUGGGUUUAACGGGCCUCCUGGACCUCCUGGAAGGCCAGGGUCAGGUGGUGGACCUGGAGAAAAAGGGAACAAGGGUUAUGCAGGUUUCCCGGGCCUACAAGGUCUUCCAGGGGUGUGUCUGAGUGGACCCAAGGGUUCAGAGGGACUUCCUGGUUCAAAAGGAGAAGAUGGUUUCCCAGGGCCUCGAGGACUGAAAGGAAUAAAGGGAAUCCCGGGUGUUCCUGGAUUUGGGCGCCCAGGACCACCGGGGGAAGUAGGACCUCCUGGGUUUUCUCCAUCUGGAGGUGAAGGGCCUGCCGGACCAAGUGGCCUCAGAGGGCUGAACGGCUUACCAGGGACACCAGGCCUCCGGGGAGAUCCUGGAAUCCCAGGCAUGCCUGGUAUUGCACCAGAUGGACCUCCUGGGUUUGAUGGACCACCUGGUCCUGAAGGGACCCGAGGCCCUGGUGGACCACCGGGUCUUCCAGGAGAGAGAGGAGAAACAGGGAAUGUUGGGGAACCGGGAAUACCAGGACCCAGACCGAUAGGACCCCCAGGACCCUCAGGAGACCCCGGACCUCCAGGUCUGCCAGGGUUCCCUGGGGAUAAAGGCAAUCCAGGAUACCCAGGACCCAAAGGAACCAGUGGGAGGGGUGGAAUCCCAGGAGGUCCUGGCCAGAAAGGUCGCCCUGGCGAGCCUGGCGGUGAUGGAUUUCCUGGUGCACCCGGCUUCCCUGGACCACUGGGGGAUCCAGGAGGCACAGGUUUUCCAGGUAGGAAAGGAGACAAAGGAGGCCCUGGUGAUCCUGGAGUACCUGGAUCACCUGGAGGAAGAGGCAUAUCUGGGUCCAAAGGGGAGAAGGGAGAACGUGGCUGUCCUGGGCCUGCACCACCUGGAUUACCUGGCCCAAAGGGAGACCCAGGAUAUCUGGGUAGAUCAGGUUUGAAGGGGGAACGUGGAGCAUCAGGAAACCCAGGAUUUCCAGGUCCCAAGGGGCUCAUUGGAUCCAAAGGAAGCACAGGACCCCAAGGAUAUCCAGGAGCCCCAGGCCUACCUGGAGAGAGUGGAUUCCCUGGACCUCCAGGUCUCCCGGGGUUUCCAGGGGAAUUUGGCCCUCAAGGAUACCCAGGAAAUCCUGGUGCUGCAGGGCCUCCAGGUGUCAAAGGAAACCAGGGUCGUGAUGGUAUUCCUGGCCUAGCAGGGCAGAAGGGAGACAUGGGAGCGACUAUAAACGGCAGGCCAGGGUUACUGGGAGAGACAGGUCAAACUGGUCAGAAGGGAGACCCUGGAAAUCCUGGCUCUGAUGUUGUGGGGCCUGUAGGGCCUCCAGGGGAGAAAGGACGCCUAGGUCCAGAUGGAUCUCCUGGUUACCCAGGUGGUCCUGGGCCGAAUGGACCUUGUUAUGUAGGGCCAAAAGGAGAUCCUGGUGUCCAGGGCAGGCCUGGGAGCCCUGGCCCUCAAGGACUUCGCGGCCCCCCGGGACCUCCAGGACAGGGCUAUAAAGGAGAUAAGGGGGAUCCAGGUCUACCUGGGCUAGGGGGUCCAAGGGGGUACAAAGGAGACCCUGGGAGUCCUGGACAACCAGGAGGUAAUGGCAGACCUGGCGCUCCCGGGAUGAAAGGUGAAAUUGGACCCUCUGGAAUUCCAGGAGGACCUGGUGAGAAAGGAGACGAUGGUUGUCCUGGUGCUAAAGGACCUCCUGGACAAAAAGGGCCUCCAGGGACAAAAGGAAAAAAAGGCUGUGAAGGGAAGGUGACGCUGGUGCCAGGUGAUCCGGGGCCAGAUGGCGGUCCAGGGUAUCCAGGGCCUAAGGGUGAACUGGGACCACCAGGACCACCAGGACCUCCAGGACCCCAGGGCCCUAAGGGGCUGUCCAGUCCUGGGCGUCCCGGGCUUCCGGGGUUCCCGGGACAGAAAGGAGACCAUGGACCACCUGGAGGGCCAGGACCAGAGGGGUUUCAAGGUCCCCCUGGCCCCAAGGGCAUACAAGGCCCACCAGGUAGCAGCGUUCCAGGUGUAGGGGCUGACAGUUUCAUGAUCACUAGGCAUAGCCAGACAGCCCAGGAGCCACAGUGCCCAGGAGGCACCACCAAGAUCUACUCGGGAUACUCCCUCCUCUUCAUCAAUGCCCAUGAAAGGGGCCACGGCCAGGACCUGGGCACUCUGGGAAGCUGUCUGCUUCGCUUCACCACCAUGCCUUUCCUUCACUGUGACAUUGAUGGGACCUGUCGCUAUGCCUCUCGUAACGACUAUUCCUAUUGGCUGUCCACUGACGAGGCCAUGCCUGCAAACAUGGAGGCCAUCCCAGCCAAUUCUCUGCGUAGAUUCAUCAGCAGGUGUUCAGUUUGUGAGACCAGAGGAAACACGAUUGCUGUUCACAGCCAAACUACUCGGAUCCCAGACUGUCCCCAGGGGUGGAUAUCUCUGUGGACAGGAUACUCCUUUGCCAUGCAAACCGGUGUAGGGGCUGAAGGCUCUGGGCAGGCCUUGGUGUCCCCUGGUUCCUGUCUUGAGAUUUUCCGCCAGGUUCCCUUCAUUGAGUGCCAUGAGCGUGGCACCUGCAACUACUUCACUGACUCCUACAGCUACUGGCUGGCCUCCCUUGAUCCCAACAACAUGUUCAGGAGGCCAGUUCCACGGACAGUAAAACCACCCUUCCUGGAAGAAGUCAUCAGUCGCUGUCGUGUCUGCAUGAAACAAUAGUCCCAGUCUCAGCCACACAGGAGUGGAGUCAUGGCACCAGUGAUCUGCUGCCUGAAGAGUGGACAGGCCCUAGUGCCUUUAGCAGAUGCAAGGGGUCAGAGCUGACUCUUCUGGAAAGACCCCCAUCCUCACUAUGCUGAGAGCAUCCUUUGAUAUUUGUAAAUUGUGUUGUAUUUUCUAAACGUAUUCCCUAAGCACAAGCUGAACAAAGGGACUUGGGACUGAACUGCUGUCUGUUAAAGGGAUCUGGGUAUAAUUUGCAUUGUAAAAUAUAUGAAGUUCUUAUCAAUCCUUCACCGUGAAUGGAGUAAUUGUAAUGAUAUCACCCCUAAUCGUUAGCAGAUUCUCCCUCCCCAUCGAGUCCCAGCACUAAGGCGUUUAUUCCUGAUUGUGUGACACUUCCUGCACCCUGCGGUUUUAAGUUCCGGUAGUUGCUAACACAACUUCAAUUCACCUUUGGGUGAUACCGUAUUGAAGCCAAACGGCUUUCUUUUGCUUUUCCCGUGAUUACUUGCAAACUCUAAGACAGAUUGGUGCGAAACACUGUCUCCGUCAGAAGACAGUGACUUCCUUUCCCUCACGCACAGGCCUGGCUGCGCUUCUCUCACAGCUUUACACGCUAACUUUACGUACGCAGUGUCAGCCGAGGUUCAGCUGCUUUUCAUAAACUGUGUUGGCAGUUGUUCACGGGCAGAGGAGAUGCCGUGAGGCUGUGGCAGGAUCUCUGGGUUCUGUGAGAAGGUUUACACGGGCGUCGCCACAUUGAGGUCACCGAAACUUGUUUGACUGUUCGGGAUGCACAGAUUAUUAAUAAACAUGAUCACGCUGUUGGAGUGGAUGGUUUUCUGUCUCGCCCAUCUUUCCAUCGCUUUCAGGCCACAGGUGUUUGUCUGUGUUUGUGUGCUGUGAGGGUGGCAGCGUGGCACAGUGGUAAGGAGCAGGGCUCGUAAUCAAAAGGCUUCAGGUUUGAUUUCCCACUCUGGCGCUGCUGCUGUACCCUUGGGCAAGGCACUUAUUCCAGA